UGUGACCCCGGCCAGGCCACCAAGCUCCUCUACGAGCUGCUCUACAAUCUCCCGUUCAAGAUCAUCCUCAUGCCCGGCUGCUCCAGCGUCUCCACCCUGGUGGCCGAGGCCGCCCGCAUCUGGAAUGUCACCGUGCUGUCGUACGGCUCCAGCUCCCCGGCGCUCUCCAACCGCCGGCGUUUCCCGACGUUUUUCCGGACUCAUCCCUCGGCCACCCUGCACAACCCCACGCGCGUUCAGCUCUUCAAGAAGUGGGGCUGGACCAAGAUCGCCACCAUCCAGCAGACAGAGGAGGUCUUCACCUCGACCCUGGACGACCUCGACCGUCGGGUGAAGGAGGCGGGGCUGGAGAUCACCUUCCGCCAGAGCUUCUUCUCCGACCCCUCCGCGUCCGUCAAGAACCUCAAGCGGCAGGACGCCCGGAUCAUCGUGGGGCUCUUCUACGAGACGGUGGCCAGGAAGGUCUUCUGUGAGGUGUACAAGGAGAAGCUCUACGGCAAGAAGUACGUCUGGUUCCUGAUUGGCUGGUACGCCAACAAAUGGUUCCGCACGCCCGACCCGUCCAUCAACUGCACGGCCGACCAGAUGGCCGAGGCGGUGGAGGGACACAUCACCACCGAGAUCGUCAUGCUCAACCCCGAGAACACGCGCAGCAUCUCCAACAUGACGUCCCAGGAGUUCAUCUCCAAGCUGGAGAAGAGGCUGGGCCCCAACCCCAAGGAGACCAGCGGCUACCAGGAGGCGCCGCUGGCCUACGACGCCAUCUGGGCCUUGGCCCUGGCGCUCAACAAGACGGCCCAAGAGUUGGCCAAGCAAGGCGUGGGCUUGGACGAGUUCAACUACAACAACAAAACCAUCACCGACGAGAUCUACCGCGCCCUCAACUCCUCGGCCUUCGAGGGCGUCUCGGGCCACGUGGUGUUCGACGCCAGCGGCUCCCGCAUGGCCUGGACCCUGAUCGAGCAGCUCCAAGGGGGCGAGUACGAGAAGAUCGGGUACUACGACAGCACCAAGGACAACCUGAGCUGGUACAACAACGACAAAUGGAUCGGGGGGUCCCCCCCGGCCGAUUACACCAAGGUGAUCACAACUUUCCGCUUCCUGUCCCAAAAAUUGUUCAUUUCCAUGGCGGUGUUGGCGUCACUCGGAAUCGUCCUGGCCGUGGUUUGCUUGGCCUUCAACAUCUACAACGGGCACGUCAGGUACAUCCAGAACUCCCAGCCCUACCUGAACAACAUGACGGCCGUCGGUUGUACCCUGGCCCUCGCCGCCGUCUUCCCGCUGGGCCUGGACGGGUACCACAUCGGGCCAGGGCUGUUCCCGCUCGUCUGCCAGGCGCGGCUGUGGCUGCUGGGGCUGGGCUUCAGCCUGGCCUACGGGAGCAUGUUCACCAAGAUCUGGUGGGUGCACACCGUGUUCACCAAGAAGGACGACAAGAAGGACAAGCGCAAGAGCCUGGAGCCCUGGAAGCUCUACGCCACCGUUGGGGGCCUGGUGGCCUUCGACGUCGUCACCCUGAGCGUGUGGCAGAUCGUGGACCCCCUGCACCGCACCAUCGAGGAAUUCACCAAGGAGGAGCCCAAGUCGGACAUGGACGUGUCCAUCCUGCCCCAGCUCGAGCACUGCAGCUCCACCAAGAUGAACACCUGGCUUGGGAUUUUCUAUGGAUUCAAGGGGCUGCUGCUGCUUUUGGGAAUUUUUUGCUACGAGACCAAAAGCGUCUCCACGGAGAAAAUCAACGACCACCGGGCCGUGGGCAUGGCCAUCUACAACGUGGCG